CUUCGUACCACAUCCUGGCUUCACUUCGACAGCGCUUACAGCAGGUACACUGAUGUGGAAUGCGUCCCUGAUUGUCUUUGAAACACGCAGCAGCGUUUAAUCUGGGCGAGAACGGGACCUGACUUCGGCUGUGGUCAUGGUGGGAUACUGUCCGAUUUGUGGAAAGCCCGUCUACUUCGGUGAGAAGAAGCGUUCCUUGGGCCGGGAUUACCACCCACUCUGCCUGAAAUGUCAGGAGUGCAAACGGCAGCUCAACCCAGGCCAGCACGCAGAGCACGACGAGAAACCGUACUGCACCUACUGCUACAUGAAGCAGUUUGGGCCCAGAGGCGGCAGGAGACCCAUGUCACACUUGUGCAACUCCACCGGGUCAUAGGAGAGGAAACCGUGUCUCCAGCUCGUCAAGUGAGGACCUUCCUAGGGCCAGACGUGCUGCCAGCACUCACCAGCAGGGGGCUCUGACUCCAGCGGAGUAAAGUGAAGUGCCGGGAAAAGGGGAUGCUUAAGGCUCCAUAUUGUGAUAGCAGUGUCCAGGAUGGAACAUCGGAAAUGAAGGCCUCCAGGUCCGGAUCAUUCCGGAAAUGCCUUCACUCAUUAAAUAUCCAAACAUGACACCUUUAAAGGUGGGAAUUCACAUUCCAAUUGGCUACUUGGUUAUUACAAGCAUAUUUUCUACAGUCAUUUUAAAAUUACUGUAAAUACAGCAUAAAUAUUUUUAUCUAUAGAAGUCAGUUGGUACUGAAAUUUAAAUGUUUUUAACAGUUAAACAGUUUUGACAAUAUUUAUUUGAUGUGCUUUUUUGAUGUGCUUUUCUAUUGCAUCAUAUAGAUUUCACGCAAUAUAAUGCUCAUAUCUGUAUAGCAUCACAUAAUAUUAAUGUGUUAUCAUCGCAUAAACUUUUCAAAAAUGUGUAAAUUACAUAGUGACAAUUUACAAUAAAGCUUUGCCUUUUUCAAUA